AUGUCCGACAGCGACGUCAAUGUCGACGUCACCUCGACGGACAAUGAAAAGCGACCAACUCCUCCAGCCCGGGUCUAUGGCCUGGCUGCCCGAGUCGAUCCUACCGUUACCUUCGAGGAAUUUCGCUACUGGGCGAAGCUCCAGCGUGCAGAGGAACGAGAGGAGAACCUUCGAUAUAUCGAAGAACAGGGCCCUAUGACGCUAUCCAAGAUGAUCAAAAACCGAUUCUCCCACGGAAUCCACCAUGAGAGGAAGAAGAAGGAACAGAAGGAAGCAGCCAGACGGGAAGCGCUACAGGUCACUGCGGAGAGUAACGGCGAGCAGGAGCAAAACCCGAAACAGACCGCGCGUGAGGAGACGAUGACAGUGACGGAGGAGGAAUGGAAAACAGCCAGCAGGGCGCUCAAGACAGCGGGCUGGGGCAGCGUUUUCUAUCUGAUCACAACCGAUAUUCUGGGCUGGGAGACCACUGCGUUCGUGUUCUCCAGUGUAGGAUUCGGCCCCGGCGUGGCUCUGUACAUCAUCUUCGGUUGCUUCGCCGCCCUCAGCGGUUGGAUCUUGUGGAGAGUUUUCCUAGGAUUGGACUCGGCGCAGUAUCCAAUGGUUUCCUUUGGCGACACGUACUUUCGCGUUUACGGCAGGAAGGCACGGCACUUCAUCAACGUAGCACAGUCGCUCCAGCAAUUUAUGACGGUCGCAGUGCUUAUUCUGUCGAACGGUAUCAAGAUCGCCCAGCUGUCGAAAAGAGAGAUCUGCUUUAUCGUCUGCAUGAUCAUCUUCAUGGUAGCUGGCAUGAUGUUUGGCAGUAUUCGUAGCUUGCAGCACAUCGGAUGGUUUGCCAACGUGUCCGUCUGGGUUAACAUCAUCAGCUUCAUCAUCAUCAUGGUGGCAAGUGCCAACUUUGGCAUCGAUUACGCCGCCGUCACGCGGUCCACGCUAAUCAAAGAGAUCGGGCCCGUUCGGACGUUUGCAGGUCCUCCACCGGACCAAUACCAGCAGCAGGCGCACGGCUUCGCUGGCCAGUUCAACGGUGUCAACCAGAUGGUUUACAGUUACGGUGGUGCUCUCCUCUUUGUCGCUUUCAUGGCAGAAAUGCGCCAUCCGUGGGAUUUCUGGAAGGGCUUGCUCUGUGCCCAGGUCUUCAUCUGCCUGGUCUAUCUGUUCUUCGGAGCCUUUGUCUAUGGGCAUUACGGCCAGUACUCAGUGGCCAACCUCAAGAACGUCAUUCAACCCCGCGCACUUCAAAUCGUCUGCAACUCCCUGGGCCUGAUAACGGCCUCGAUCGCCUGUUUGAUGUACUUCAACGUCGGCAUGAAGACGGUCUAUAUUGAGGUCUUUCAGGAGGCCUUUAAAUUCCCACCGAUCACGACGCGCAAGGGACGAUGGAUGUGGUACGCCCUCGGUCCCGUGUACUGGGUCAUCGCGUUCCUCGUGUCGGCAUCGGUGCCGAACCUGAACGGUAUUUCUGGUCUCGUGGGCGCGCUGCUGAUCCUCAACUUCACGUACACGUUCCCGGCCUUCCUGUACAUCGGGUUCAGGUGUCAGACCGAUGCGGCGCUGCCAGGAGAGGGAUUCGACCCGGCGACGGGCGUGACGACGAGACUCGACGGAGGAUGGAGGCGAUGGCUGCGCGGCUACAAGAAGAGCUGGCCAAUCAACACGCUCAACCUCUUCUACGGCCUCGGUGGGCUCGUGUGCUCCGGGAUGGGGGCGUGGGCCGCUAUUGAAGGGCUGAAACAGGUGUUUGGGCCCGGUGGAACCGUUGCCACCUCAUUUGGGUGCGAGCCACCAGUGUAAACGGCCGAAACGCAGAGACGCUGGUACUAUUCAUCAUGGGACCGCCCACCCUGCUUGUUUGCUUUCCCCCCCCGCCCUUGGGUUUGAUGGAAAGGGAUGGGAAUAGUAGGCGGUUUUCAACGAGGUAAUUUGACGGUGGGUACCGAGAGUCUCCGUGCAAAAGAAAAGGCACACGAAAUGAGGAUUAUAUGCGUGUAGAAAGUGCUUUGACAUGAAAGGUACUAAUGAGAUAUACUGUUUGUGUACUCCGUA